GCCCACAGCCCAUCCCAGCCUUACCCGCGAACUAGUGGAAGUCCGAAGAAGAAAAAUCCAAGAACGAAGACUGCUCUGCGACUUGCGACUUUGGGAGUUUGCGACCCUACCACGACGCGCCGCGUUCCACCGUACACGCCUCCCGUCUAGAACCCUCCGUCGUCGGCCGUCCUUCUCUGGACUCCGGCUCUGCCGCUCUGGCAUCUGCCUCCAGCUCCGAAGCUCCAACCUCCAGCCCACCCCAUUGUAACUUUCUGUAUCGGCCCCUGGCCACACUCUUCCGCCGCAACGCAGUUAGCGUUUCACCAUCGCCACCUAUGCGAAGCAAAACUAAGAUCAUUGUUCACACAUCCAACAGAGUAGGAAAUUUCAUAAAACUGGAAUGGUGUUCGGUCAGAUAGUGAUUGGUCCUCCAGGCUCCGGCAAAACCACUUACUGCAAUGGCAUGUCUCAGUUCCUACAGCUCAUUGGACGGAAAGUUGCGGUGAUUAACUUAGAUCCUGCAAAUGACAAUUUACCCUAUGAAUGCGCUAUUAAUAUUGAAGAUCUCAUUAAACUGAAUGAUGUAAUGGUUGAGCAUUCUCUUGGUCCCAAUGGAGGUCUUGUAUAUUGCAUGGACUAUCUUGAGAAGAAUAUUGACUGGUUAGAGGCCAAGUUGAAACCCCUCCUAAAAGAUCACUACUUUCUCUUUGACUUUCCGGGUCAGGUAGAGCUAUUUUUUCUACAUGAAAACGCCAAAACGGUGAUCAUGAAACUCAUCAAGAAGUUAAAUCUUAGGUUGACUGCAGUACAUUUAGUUGACUCGCAUCUUUGUAGUGAUCCUGGAAAGUAUGUGAGUGCAUUGCUGUUGUCAUUAUCAACAAUGCUACAUUUGGAAUUGCCACAUGUCAAUGUUCUUUCCAAGAUUGAUCUUAUUGAAAGCUACGGGAAGCUAGCCUAUAAUCUGGAUUUCUAUACAGAUGUACAAGAUUUGUCAUACUUGCAGUAUCAUCUCGAUAAGGAUCCACGUUCUACCAAAUACAGAAAGCUUACAAAGGAGCUCUGUGAGGUGAUAGAAAAUUUUGGGCUUGUGAAUUUCACAACAUUAGAUAUUCAGGACAAGGUGAGUGUUGGGAACCUUGUUAAACUGAUUGACAAAAGCAAUGGCUACAUCUUUUCUGGCAUCGAUGCCUCUGCUGUCGAGUUCAGCAAAAUUGCAGUUGGCCCAGUUGACUGGGAUUACUAUAGAGUUGCUGCAGUGCAAGAGAAAUACAUGAAGGAUGAUGAAGACGAUUUUGACAAGGAUGGCUGAUUCAUCUACCUACUUCCCUGUUUAAACUUUUUUGUAUUUUUAGUAAUUCGCAGUCUUAAAUCUUAAAUUAUAACCAUAGAUGAUUUGAGGUGUAGUGGCUGUUUUGCUUGGAUUAACAUGAUUCUACUUUGACACUUUUGUACCAUAGUUGUAUCAUUAUAGCAUUUCCAUCAACAAUCUUCAGAAAUCAGUUCUUAGUGUUCUUUAUUGCCACAUAAUAACCUUUUUAAUAAUUUAAAAAUAUGACUUUCAAC